UUUCUUUUCUCAGAUAAAUAGGAGGAAAAGCAUCUUCGUUCGAUCAAACGAAUUCAUUUCGUCUCAGUCAGAAAGCCGAGAAAGACACUCGGAAAAGUUAUUAUUUCCUAGCUUUCCAAGGUCAAGUGGGGAGGUUGUUUCUCUUUCGUCAACCGGAGUAACAGGCUUUAAAAUCUCCAGUAAGGGCAAGACAAGAACAGAAAAACAGUCCUGCAGGCUGAAGAGCUAUCUCCUUUUAUUUCAUCUGGUUUUUGGUGUCUCUAGGAGGAAGAAAAGAGAAGCUUUCAAACAUGCCUGCAGGGGCUUUAGCUCCAACCGGGGUGGCCAAGGAGAGAGCAGAUCAGUACCAAGGGAGGGUCACCUUGUAUGUGGUUAUUGCAUGCAUUGUUGCAGCUGUUGGAGGAUCAAUUUUCGGAUAUGACAUCGGAAUUUCAGGCGGUGUAACAUCCAUGGAUGGAUUUCUUCGAAAGUUUUUCCAUUCGGUGUACAUAAACAAGCAGCACGCCCAUGAAAACAACUACUGCAAAUAUGACAACCAAGGGCUCGCAGCAUUCACCUCUUCUCUAUACCUCGCUGGUCUAGUUGCAUCCUUGGUGGCGUCUCCUAUAACUAGGAAGUACGGUCGUCGUGCAAGUAUAAUUUGUGGUGGACUCAGCUUUCUUGUUGGAGCAACUCUUAAUGCCGCAGCUGUCAAUAUAGCAAUGCUUCUGUUGGGUCGAAUCAUGCUUGGUGUUGGAAUAGGAUUUGGAAACCAGGCUGUUCCACUAUAUCUAUCAGAAAUGGCACCAACUCAUGUUCGAGGAGCUCUCAACAUGAUGUUUCAGUUAGCAACUACCCUUGGAAUCUUUACAGCGAACAUGGUCAAUUAUGGAACCCAAAAGCUUGAACCCUGGGGUUGGAGGCUUUCCCUAGGUCUAGCAGCAAUACCAGCCUUUUUAAUGACAGUGGGAGGAUUCCUUCUUCCUGAGACACCUAACAGCUUAAUUGAAAGGGGAUCAAAAGAGAGAGGCAGAAAUGUCCUGGUUAAGAUUAGAGGAACAAAUAAUAUUGAUGCAGAGUUUCAAGACAUGAUAGAUGCCAGUGAUUUGGCAAAUGCAAUCAAGCAUCCCUUUAGAAACAUCCUUGAGAGAAGGAACAGGCCACAAUUGGUCAUGGCAAUCUGCAUGCCAACAUUCCAAAUCCUAACAGGCAUAAACUCCAUUCUCUUUUAUGCUCCAGUAUUGUUCCAAAGCAUGGGAUUUGGAGGUAAUGCUUCACUUUACUCUUCAGCUCUAACAGGAGCAGUUCUGGCUGGAUCUACAUUCAUUUCCAUUGCAACGGUCGAUAGAUUGGGUCGAAGAGUUUUACUUAUCAGUGGCGGAAUACAGAUGAUUAUAUGUCAGGUUACAGUUGCCAUAAUCUUGGGAGUGAAGUUUGGGGACAACCAAGAACUAUCAAAAGGAUACUCAAUAUUGGUGGUAAUUGUGAUAUGUCUCUUUGUUUUAGCAUUUGGAUGGUCAUGGGGUCCACUAGGCUGGACUGUACCAAGUGAGGUAUUCCCAUUGGAAACCAGGUCUGCAGGACAAGGCAUUACAGUUUCUGUAAAUCUUCUAUUCACUUUCAUCAUAGCACAGUGCUUCCUUGCCAUGCUUUGUCAUUUCAAGUUCGGAAUCUUCCUAUUCUUCGCGGGCUGGAUUACUGUCAUGACCAUCUUCGUUUACUUUUUCUUGCCUGAAACAAAGGGAGUUCCAAUUGAAGAAAUGAUAUUUCUGUGGAGAAAACAUUGGUUCUGGAAGAAGAUUGUCCCCGAAUAUCCCCAAGUUGACAACAAUGAGAGUGUUUAGAAAACCCAAGAAGAGUUUACUACAAGAAGUUGUAUACAAUGUUUGUGUUUUAAUUGUAACAUUGAUCAAGGUAAUAAAGGUUGGAGGAGGCGAUUCCUCUGGGAUGAGUAUGACAAAAACAAUAGAGGGCAUAUGAGAUUUGAAUAUGAUUGUCUUAAUUCCAUAUUAAAUUUAAAGAUGAAUCUGA